GGAAGUUUGUUCAAUAACGUUCACGCGAAUAAUAAAAUUCAGGAAGAAAUACAAUGUACUAUAUUUUCAAGUUUCGACCUCUUCACCGGGCACCUGGUCACGCGAGUUCUCGCGCAAUGUUACGGGAUAUACCAAAUGUGUAAAUCUGCUUAUUUAGUACUUCGACCACACCCGAAAACCAAAUAAUGGGCGUCUAUUAAAAAUAUUUACAAAAGAUUAUGGUGUCUUGAUUCAGAAAAUUUAUUUGGAUUAGUACGGUUAACGGUGAAUUGAAUGAUGACCAAAAUAAAUUUAAAAUUAUGCAGCUUAAAUAACAUCUGAAAGUCAUUAUGGAUCUUUAACAAAUAUAACAGUGCUCUAUGUCUUUUUAUCUUCGGUAUUUUAGAUCCAUUUCAACAAAACAAGUUUUAUGAAAAUCUAGUUUCGGACAUUUUGGGAAUGACAUCAGAUUAUGCCCGUGCAGUCGCUGUCACAUGUGACCGAUGCCAGUCCAAAAUGCAAUUGAUCUCAGAAAUGUUACUUCUUUCCUGUGACCCAAGACCUGUCAAUACAGAAGAAAUGCAGCAACUUGAUGGUUCAUUCCAGUCUUGUAAAAAGGAAAUCUCCCUUCGUCUCAAAGAUCUUUCAAAAACAAUUCAGUCUGUUUCGUCACAGGUUCACACAGUCUCUGUAAUCUGGGCAGACAUGUCAGUUGAAAUUCAGAAUCUUUCUGAUUGUGCCAUUUUGAUUAUGGAGUGCUGUAGUUUUGCAGCAUACAUGAUAGCUAUAAAUUCUGCAGAUUGUGUGAAGGCAGUACCAGGAUUGAUAGAUAAGUAUCAGCUUUGUAGAGCUGGUAUAGAAUUAAAGUUGAGCUGCACAAGAUUAAAACGAUCUCGCCUUGAAGAUAUAACCUCACAAGUAUUAGUUGAAGUCUGUUCCUCUAUAUCAAAAGCAUUGGCAGUAAUGACAGAAUGUUGUAAAAAUGCUAUUGAGAAUGCCAAAGAUGAAAGUGAUCAAGAUCAAUUUAAACUAAGUUUAAAAAGUGUCACCUCCAGUGCUAGUUGUUUAUUAGCUAGUGUGAAGGGCUUUCAAAAUAAUUCCAACACGAAUUACUUGAAUCGUGUUAUAUCAUUCUGUGACCCUGUGAUAACCUCUAGUCAUGCAUUAGUCACUUUUGCUACAGAAGAAGAUUUUGUGGGUAUUCCUGCUAGCCUGACUUUGGAGGCUAGAGAUAAACAAAAAUAUGUGCUAGGUGCUUGUAUGAGUAUUGUGUCAGGUAGUAUUCAGAUGUGUAAAUCUAUUCGAGACCUAGCUUAUGAUAUGAUAAACACAAGACACAGAGAGCGAGUCACUUUAUGUUCAGAAUCAAUAGACAGAUCAUCAGUCCAGUUAUUAGAUCUCCUGGAUAAAUACAAUAUCAUAGAGUUUGAUUCCUCAAUAGAAACCUCACCGUCAUCAAAUCAUACGUCUACUGAUUUAACAGCAUUAUCUAGUCUGUAGUCUAUGUAUAUCUCACACUUUAUUAGUUGAUAUGCCAAAGAUAUGCACUCUUACACAACUCAUAAUAUAUAAAGUACUGUUAGAUACAGGUAUAACAUGUAUAAAACUUAAAGUUUGCACAUACAUAUUUUGUUCUUUUAAAAAAAUUGUUGUUGAUGUCAAAUAAGUGUUAGAUAAAAAAAAAAGUGAUGUUAUUAGAGGUUCUGUCUGUUCUAUAUAUUUGUUCAAUCAAUUAGUCUAAGGCCCUGCACACACCAAGGAUUAUUUGUUGAAUAAUCAUCUUCCUGUGCAUCAUAAUGCCAUCUGAUAGAAUGUCCCAGACAUUUCAUUGUUGAUAUGUGUCAUACUGGUACACAAUGCAUUGAUGGCAAACCACAGUGAUUGAUAGAAUGUUUCCAAAUGCACAUUUUUAUACCAGAGGUUGUUCAUUUAAUCCUUUGAUGGAAGGCACUACGUUUAGUCUUGUUUAAACCAAUAAUGGUAGGGUGAAUGAAAUGUAACCAUGACAGUAGUGAAGAGUACUGUGCACAGAUGUGUAACUAUGGUGACAAGAAGUGGGCAACAAAUAUUUGGUAUUUCACCACAGAUUUGCUGAUGAAAAAUUGGACAAAAAAUAAUUCUUGGUGUGUGCAUUUACUGCUGUAAGCCUUUAAUCAUGAAAAAACAUGAAUGAUAUAUCUUAUAUAAAAAUAGUGCUAAAAAAAAUGAUAAAUCCGUGAAGGUAUUUUAUUGUGGUUUUAUUUAAUUGUUGAUAUAUAAAACAUAAUAUUGUGUAUAAUAUAUUUUACCCUCUGCAUUCCUACAUAGGGCAGUCAUAUGUCAGGGAUAUAUGUAUAAAUAAACAUGUAUGUUUUAUCCCAUAUUUAAAGCAACAGUGAGCAUAUAAUAUUUGAUUGUUUUAUUUAAAAUGUUAAGUUGUGUCAGUGUAAAUAUGUACUGUGGAGUAUUGAAUAAUGUUCAUAUAUUUGUCUGUUAAAGAUGCCUUCCCACCUACAAACUGUGUGAUUUGAUAAGCUAUAUUUGGAUUAAAACAUUCAAACUACGGUAAUAUAAUUUAUCUAUCAAAAGGGUACAUCAGCCCCUCUCAAAACAUUUUAAUCAGAAAAAAAUUACUCUAAUCUAUUUUUAAUCAUCCAUUAUCAGCUUUUAUUUGUCGUUACGUCACUUUACUUCUACCAUUAAUAUUGAAUCCUUAGUAGAUUCCUGGAUUAUCCUCUGCCAAACUCCCUUUCCUACAGUUAAAUCGCGAGGGUGUGUGUGUGUGUUGAAUGGCCGAAUGGUUACCACGCGCAGGCUAUAUCAUAAGGUCUGUCAUUGAGUCAACUGGCGUGGUUUCGAUUCUCCGGUUGUAUGUGACAAGGAGUAGGGUCGCCUGUCCAACCUCGUGGGUUUUCUCUGGGUCCUCCAGUUUUCUCCCACUGCUAAAGACCCCUACACGCAAGCGAAUUAUUGAAAUAAAAUUGAACCAUAUGUUAGUCCCGAAAUGACCUAGUUUGUGUCGAGUGGACGUUAAACCCCAUUUCUCUCUACAGUUUAAUCGCACAGUCUACUGGACGAUUAAUUCUCUCAGUGUCCUCAAAACUGUUAGCCAUUAGAUCAACACAUAAGCUCUCCUUGUGUCACUCAAACAGACAGUUAAACUGACUGACUAUCAUACAUUCCCAUACAUUUUUAUCAUGUGAGUUUUCAGUGAGUGUUUUUUCAGUGAAUCCAGUAUUCAGUAUUUUUCUAGUAAUAUUGGGUGUUUCUACUUUCCAUAUAUACCAAACUUGCUAUACUUUUAUUGGAAUAACUAUUCGAUAAAUACUUUUGUGGGAAUGUUUCUUUAAUAGUCGUGAAUUUAUUGUUUACCUUAAUGUCAAUAGAAAUGUAAGCACGUUUAUAAAUCAAAUAAUUAAAAAUGACAAUACAUUAACAAGUAUUAUAGAGGUUGUGGUUAAAUGAAAUAAAAAUGUCAAUCAGGUAAACACAAUAAUUUUGGGCAACAAGGCAUGCACAAAGUGAGUAUGAUUUUACAUAUAUCUAGACCAAUAACCAUUCUGCUCACACCACAUCUGUUUUGGGAAAUGGCAAGACUGUGACAGAACUCAAUACUGCAAUUUGGAACGUUCGGGACUGAUGGUUUAAAGAUGCAAUUUGUUUGUGCAGGUCUGAACAAUUUGAUGUCAUUAAUCGGCUUAUCAUACUCAUUCUAAAUACAGGUAUACCUUUGGAUUUAGAAAUUUGAAAAAUUAAGCCCUGCUACAUGCAUUCCCCUUCAACUCUUCUCAAACUUCUGCGAUUUUGUGUGUCCAAUAAGUCUUUUAGCUUGAUUUUUCAAAUGCUUUUUCUGAGAAAUAUGGGGGUUUGUAGGAUACAGUAAGCUGUAGAUGGCUAUAAUAUACGGUAGUAGUAUAUUUUUACAGCAUGCAGAGAUUGGUCAUGAACUGUUUGUGAAUACAACAGUAUGCAGUAGAUUAUAUAGUGUUUAAUUAGGUUAAAUAAUUAUUUUUAAGCAAAAGAUUUGUUUUUGAAAAAUGAUAGUAUAGCUUACUUUCUCUAUUUCAGUUUUAUGAUACAAUACGUCCAUUGAAGUAUGUUUUUGUGAAUCUGUUCAUCAGGGUUUUUUCCUAAUUUAAAAAGAGACAUUUUAGAAUUGUUUGUCUGGUCAUAAGGAGGAAAUCUAUCAGGAGAGAGAAAUGGAGUUUAACAUCCACUCAACACAAACUAGGUCAUUUCGGGACUAACAUAGGGGUCUUUAGCAGUGGGAGGACCCAGAGAAAAUCCGACUCCUUGUCACGUACAACCAGGGAUUCGAAAACCCGCCAGUUGACUCAAUGACAAACCUUAUGAUACAGCGCGCUCACGUUAACCACUCGGCCAUCCCACCCCCCUAUAAGGAAACACACAUCUAAAGUUGAUGGCACCUUGUCAUUACACGUAGUUUUUUCGACAAUUAUUGUUACUUUGACUUACUAUAUUAGUAAGUGCAGGGUGACGUGGCCACACCACGCACAACAAUCAAAUGCUGCAUGUAACUAGAAAAACACCAGAUAAUUACAUGGGACGCUACUUGUAAAAUUGACAGUUAGGACGAAAAAGUGCUGAUAUAUUUUAGUUUGGUUUCUUUUCAUAAUUGAUUUGUAACUGCGCUUAUUUCUGUUCUAUUAUAUAAACAGAAAGGUAUGUAUUUAAAUAUAAAAUUUGUUAUUUAUUUUGAUAGUACGAUAAACAUAGUGAACUUUAUUUCUUUCUACAGAUAUAUAAUACUGUAUAAAAGGGAAAGAUGUGUAAAUAAACAGCUUUUUUAAAAUUUUCUUUUUUCCUUUUUUUAAAAAAGAAAAUUCUUUUUAUUUGAAAAUCAUUUUAAAUUUGUUUAUAACAGAUUUUCUGAUUUUUUUAUGUGAAAAUUGUAAAAAUGCCUCAGUCAGUUGAUAGUCUUGCGUACAUUUUUCAGCUAAGAAUAAAAAGAAAUUAUGAUUAGUCAUGAAAUAAGCAUAAAACAGUUAUAGAUAAUUUUAAGAGCAUUGAACUAUUAUCUCUGUAGAGAAGGUCUGUCUUCCAUUCUAAUAGAAUUCUGUCUGGUAGUUAUAAAUCUACACUUCCCUCUUCUAAAUAUAACAAGAAAAAUAACCUUACUAGCAGUGCUACAAGAUAAUGCAUUUCAAAGCAGUGCUACAAGAUAAUGCAUUUCAAAGCAGCUCAAUUUUUGGACACUAAAUACUUUACUUAGACAGUUCUUAUUAUAUGGUCAGAGUGAAAUGUAGCAUAAAUAUUUGAUAUGGACUUUUGUUUAGUUUUAUUUUGUAUAAUAUUUUGUAAUGUGUCUGUCAUGAUGUGGAAUACAGUAGUGGUUUAUUUAAGUGUAACUAUGAGAUAUUUGUAUAAAUACAUAAAAUUUCCUUAUAUUAUCAAGAUGGAAGCUGGACUUAGUAAUCAUCUAUUAUCAUUUUAAUUUACCUUUAUGUCUUUUAUUAAUAUAAGUUUGUAGUUAUGAAUUAACAACUGGCAUCUAAAUUUUUCUUAUUUUUCAAAAAGAAAUUUUGUUGAAUCUAACUUUACAUUUUGUUCAGUGCGUGCAUAAUUUAAAAACAAUUGAUUUUGAAAUCUAGUCUUUAUAGUCAUUUUGUACUUAGAUCUGAUUUAUUUUAUUACUGCUUGUUUUGUUUAUUGAAUUCCAGUAUUAAAAUAGUUGAUAAUAUCAAAUUUAUUAUCUGUUGUUAUUGAUUAUAUAAUGAGGAAUAAGGGAAUUGGACUUUCAUUAAAGGAAAACUUCGAACGGUUGCAGAUGUUUGUAUUUUAUAAGGAAGCAGGACAACUGCCGGCGAGGACAACUGCUGACAAGGACAACUGCUGACAAGGACAACAGCCGGAGGGACAAAUGCCAAUGAUACUUAAUAAUUAAAUAUUCUUUAUUAUUAUCAUACAGGUUCAGUUUACAUAACACAUUGUCUAUAAUAGCACUCACUGAUACAAAGUUAUCACAGGUGAAUAUUAUGAGCAAUACCACGUAAAUAGUCCAACACAUGGCGACUGUUGAAUUUACAGACAAUGUUUAGUACACGCUCUGUACUGUUAAGUUAUGUUUUAAUAAUGAUUACAUGUAUAGUGCUCACCCAUCAAUUAAUAAACUAUACUAAAAAAAAUCCAAUGAAAUCAUUGCCAAUAAGAUUAACAGUUAUAUUUUUAUAAUGAUUACAUAUAUACAGUUUAUAACUGUUGUCUUAUUGACAUUUAUCAUUUAAUAAACUUUACUAAAAAAGAACAAAUAAAAUCACUGGCAAUAAAAUCAACAGUUAUAAACUUUAAUAAAAAAAAAUAAUAAAAUGGUCGGCAGUUGUCCUCGCCGACAAUUGUCCAACCGGCAUUUGUCGGCCAGCAGUUGUCCUAGACCCUUUAUUAGUAUCUAGUAUUAAAAUAGUUUCAACUAUUCACAACCUGAAGUGCAAAUCAUUACACCUUUAAUUUACAAAUUACAAGUUAAGAUGUCUUUUUUGGCUGGUUUCCAGAGUACGAAGAGUAGAAAAGUGCUGCUGUUUGUUUAUUUACAUUGACUGACAUUUCCUCUCUUGAUGUCACAUAUGGUGUGGUAAUUUGUAAUUUAAGGCAGAACUAUCUCCACUUCAGUUAAUGUACUGCUGAAACUAUUUUGAUAAUAGAUAAUGAAUAAUAUAUAAAAAUCUACAACAGAUGAAGGCCUCCUUUGAAGGGAUGUAAGAGAAACUUAUUUGCAACAGAAAAAUAGUCCCCAUGGGCCAUGACUACUCUUAUUACUAUAUAUACCGUACGUACAUAUAUAUCUGCAUGAUAUGUUUUCCGCCCUCUGCAACCUCCCAGUUUGAUGAUGUGUGAAAUAUACAAAUGUUCGGAAGAAUAAACUCAAUUUAGAAUUAAACAAAUAUAAA